CGUUCACGUUCGAUCGUGGUUGCAAAACGUAAACAAAAUACAACUCGAACAAUAUCUGAGAAUGAAUGAAUCACCUGUUCCAGGACCGAGCGGGGGUCGCGCCAGCAGACUUUCGUUGUCGCAAAAGUUUGCCGCUUCUUCACGACUCUGUUCAUUCAAGCCAAAAACAACGAAACACUCUCCAACGAUAGAUGCCGACGACAAAGAGAUUAUGCAAAUUCUUAGUCAGGAUCCGUUCAAGUUGACUAAUCGUACUCUUGCCGAAGAAGACGACCUGAUUUCGCAGGUAAAUGAUGCACUGACCCUAUCGUCGAAAGUAUCAUCCGAUGAUAAGAAACCGGGCGUUGCGCGAUCUAUUACAUCGGUUGUCUCGAUAAGCAGCACAAGUGAACGGGAAAUGAGUCCAACGCCAAAGAAAAGCACUAUUGUGGAGUUUUUUACUCCGAUCAAGUGUCGACGCAAUUCGAUGUCUUCGGGCAUGGGUGUAAGCACUUUGCGAAGUAAGAAUACCGCUCGGAUAACAUCGUCAAGUAAAACGUUGCCAAAGACUGAUAUAAAAAAGGCUCGAAAAGCGCGAAGACGAAUUUGCAAUAACACAAGCAUAAAAAUGCUAACUAAUAAGUAUUUCGAUGAUUCACAAAAGAAAAUUGUUGACUUUUUUGUCAAGACCGAUGAAGAUACUGAUCGCGUUGGUUAUCAUCGAGUUCUUAAAGAAUCCGUCAUGCCAGCUAUAGUUACCGGUGACGAGUACAUCGAGGGGCUUAUGGAAGUAAACCUAAGCGAAGAGUCUAGUCCUAUACGUCCAAGUCAACUAAAAGGACCCACGAUGAGUCCGAUACCGGAUGAUCCGGAGAUAAUUAUGGAUCGAGUAGAGAAAGUACAGAGUGCAUGUUACGACAAAGAGAAAGAAGACUGGAAUAUGGAGGUAACUGCUGUACCUGUUGGUGUGGUACAAGAUCCAGAGGAAGAUUCUGGAUAUUCUAACGAUGGGCCUUCCACAACGGAAUGUGAACCUGCUGGGCAGCAUAAGAGUAACGAUCGAAAGUUUCCUGCACCAAAGCGAAAAUCUUCCGCCAGAAUCAAUACAAAACCACCAGAAAGCUCAGCUAACGAGAAAAGAAAACAACGUAAGAUAAUAUGCCCAAAGUAUAAAAUCAUCGCUGGUACAACCUUUGCAGUGGAUGGUUUUCGUUACGGCGACAUCGAAGGGGUUACUCAUUACUUUUUAACUCACUUUCACUCCGACCAUUACAUCGGGUUGAAACGAAGCUUUUCGAAACCGCUGAUAAUGUCAGCCAUAACAGCACGUUUGGUGAAAACUUUCAUUAAUGUUAGUGAGGAGUUUUACAUUGUGUUAAACUUACAUGAACCGUGCAUAAUCGACGACGUCAAGGUUACAGCAUUAGAUGCAAACCACUGCCCUGGGGCAAUCAUGUUGCUAUUUCAGUUGCCCAGUGGGACCAACAUAUUGCACACUGGGGACUUUCGGGCCUCUCCAGAUAUGGAGGAGUAUCCGGAGUUUUGGAACCUGGCCAUCGAUAUAAUUUAUUUGGAUACCACCUAUCUUUCAACUAAGUACGAUUUCAAAUCCCAGUGGGAGAGCAUCACUGAUGCUUGUAAAGUAGUUAGAACAUUCCUGAACUAUAACACCGGAAACAAAGUGCUUAUCGUUUGCGGGAGCUAUGUCAUUGGAAAGGAGAAGGUUUGGGCCGAGCUAGCGGCGCAGUUCAAUUUCAAAGUGUGGACAGAACCGAAUAGGCGAAAAGCACUGAACGCAAUAGGAGAUCCUUUUCAUCACCAAUAUUUAGUCGACGAUCCCAGUUUAGCCGGAAUCCAUGUGCUCUCGCUCAACAAGUUAACGUAUGAUCAAAUAGUCGAGUACCUGGAUCAGUUCCCGGAUUGCUAUGAUGCGGUCAUUGCUAUCCGCCCCAGCGGGUGGGAGAAAAAUCAGACCAACAGGCGGUAUCCGUAUCGUGGACGAAUCAACAUAAUAGGUAUUGAAUACUCGGAACAUUCCAGUUACAGUGAGCUGAGGCGAUUUGUGCGCUUUGUUCGGCCCCAGGAUGUAAUAAGCACAGUUCCCUAUGGUAAUUCAAACCAAAACCGAACUCCUCUAGUACCAGCAGUGUGGUACUCGACAGAAGUACGACCUGAAAGACAAGCACAGCAAUUAUCGAUAACCUCGUUUGUCAAAGUAACGGCGAAAAACGCUGUCGCAGCGAAAGAACACAAAAAGUUGAAAGCAACAGAUAACGUUCCUAUCCAACUGAGCAUAGUCGCCAAGGACUCAAAACAAGAGGAGACCGGGACAGGCAAAGCAGUGAAUUCCGAUACAAGUGAACAUGACGUUGACGACGAUGACUCAGACUGGAUGCCUUAAAGGCCAAGCAGAAUGCUCCGCCUCUGACAUUGUUCGCACAAGCAACGAUCCUGAUCUAGUGUUAUGCAUCUGCUGUUUGUGAUCUAUACCAUAUGAAGAUUGUUACAUUUUUUUUAUAUAAAACGAGAAUCGUUUAACGUUUCACUUUUUAACAGAUGAUUUAUUUAGAUGUUUAUAAAAUAAACAAUUCUAGCGGAAAGUACAAAGAUAUAAAACUUGAUUUGUU